AGCCUUUUUUCAAGAUCAAUUUAUAUGUUGUUUCGCAACAAGGGAAACGUCUUUCAUCAGAAAUUUCCAAAGGAUUUACCUCAUGCGUUGAAAUAGACUGCCGGAAAUCUUUCAUAUCAGGAGCUUAGAAUUUUAAAAUACAAUGGAAGCUGUUGUGUCGCUUGUUCUGAAAUACUGCGGUAAGGAGUUAGAGGAGUAUGGUAACUGUGUUGCCUCAUACCCUGAGAACUGGCAGAACAAGUGUAAGGACCUCGGUGAAGCGGCAUCAGCAUGCUCCAGUACUCACCCUGCAGUUCAGAAGAUCCAACAUGACUGUGCCAGUGAAUACCAGCAGUAUGACGAAUGUCUGAAAAGCAAUCCUCAAGAUGUCACCAAAUGUGUGAAUCAGCUCCAUGAAUUCAUGAACUGUGCCGAGAAGUGCGCCUCUAGAAUACAGAACGCCUAUGUAGAAAAGUCAUGAUGAUUGCUGUAUUCUAUCCAGCUAUGAGUUUCAAUGCUACACCUCGUUAUUUAUUCCAUGUGUGAAGAGGAUUCAUAACUUCUAGAUGAUGGAAUAUGUUGCAGCAAGUUUGAUUGAAGAGAGGGAGGUGAUGAGAUGCAAUAUGUAUAUUGAGCUAUAUUAUGCAAUUUUAAUUACUUCUUUGUAUACUUCUCUGUCCCUAAUCAGUAUUCAGUAUCUUGGUGAUUGUUACAUCUUUAACAUUUGUCAUGUGGCGGGCAAAAGGGCACAGAGGAAUAAAAAUGAUCUGCUUGGAAAAGUACAUUUCUAGUACCGGGUAAUGAAUAUUUUGCCUUUUUACUACAUAAACAUGUUAGACAUAUUUCAGUCAGAGCAUUGUCAAUUCUUUUACAGUUAUAGCAUAGGUAAUGACUUCUAUAUUAUCUUAUUUCUUAUCUGUGCAUUACCAAACAAACAAAUCUAUAUUCUCACGCUUUUGCCAGGCAUAUGACAUGGAGGAUUCCAAGCAUUGCAGAAUUACAUUUCCAAUUUUCCAGCCAAUUUUGAACAAAGAAAUUUGUAGACAUUUUAUUAAAUAUCUAUAAAUUAAUGAUAAAAUGUAUACUAAUAUGAGGUAGUUCACAAAUGUUGAAUUUCCUAUCAAUCAUUCUUCAAAUCUAUAAAAUAUAAAAGAAUUUAAAAAAAGCUUUGUUAUGGAGUGACCAAAAAAUGAUGUUCUAUGUCAUUCCGUAACGGACCUAUAUAAAAUUCAAUAUUUUCAUAAAUUAGAUGAAUGGUAGAUAUAAAACCCAUAUGUUGUGAAAGUACCUUACAUAAGUAUCAUAUCAUUAAUUUAUAGAUUUCAUUAAAAUGUCUCUUAUAAUCUUCAUUCAUAGCAGUUAGAAUUGAACACAACCCGUAUGCUUUGAUGUGCUCUAUUUUUCUAGCAGAAUGACUAAAAGAGGACUUUUCAAACAGUAAUUUAGUUAAAUACAUACUGCCCUCCAAAAUUUUGGGUACAUCUGUGGUUGAACUGAUUAUCACAAUCAUCCACAUUUUAUUUAUCAUAAGAUUUGUAGCAAUGAAUGCAAAAUAAUAUCGAACUGAAGAGUAGACAUCAGCAUCCAAGUUGACACAAGUUUAACAAUUAUUGUUGAGCAUUUCAGGAGGCUGUCAUGUAUUUUAAAAAGGCAACCUUCCCCUCCACCCCACCCCCUUAGCGUAAGGAGGUCACUGGAUUGGUCAAUCAAGUGUCCACUCGUCAUUUUGAUACCAAAUUGUUGCAGUGCCACAAGUCUGAUGGUAAAUAGAAUGAGGAUGAUUAUCGAACAGUCAGAUCUCACAAAAGUGUGAACUGAUGUAUCUUUGAUUGUCUUAAAUUUGUUUGUUCAGUGUAAACAUUACAUAAACAUUUUAAAUUUUAAGGCCAAUGUGAGGAAUACAUCAAGCUCUUUUUGAUGGUGGAAUACAAAUACAAAGACUUGCUAGAUACUUGGCAUUUUUAGUUCUAGUACCUGAAGUACCAUGUGUCUAAAAAUAGAAAUUUAAACCAUGAGAUCAAAUUAUCCCUAGAAUGUGUUUUUGUGAUUUUUGUUUUAUUGUCUUCAAUCAUGAUACCAAAGAUAUCUCAGAUUUUUUAUUCUGAUUGUAUCUAGGAAUGCAGCUUCGCUUUCUGACUUGUGAAGUGCAUACUUUAAAGUUUCAAAUACAUGUACUUUACAGAUUGCUGUGAACAUAUUUUUAAUGAAAUGUACAUGUCAUUCUUUUUACAUCAUGUAACAUGAUUUUGAUUUCAAUCAAAAUAUUCUUCUUGUAUUGAAAAUUGCAAACGAUGUUGUUUGUGUGUGCCUGUGUGUAUUUAUGCACAACCAAGUUACUAUGAUUGAAUAUAACUUCUAUAUUGUCAAAAACAA